AUGCGUCGGCUGCCAAGCCUGACGCUCGCCUCGAACUCGGGCCGAUUACGCCAGGCUUUCCGCCCGCGAUCAACCCUCGCCCGCCUUUCCACCGGCCUCAACCAGAACUCGAGGAAGAAUCCGUUGAUCUGCAACAGCACACAGGAAUGUCCGCUACCCGCUGUAGGGUUACGGCAGCUGUCAACGGGCUCACUACCUGCCCAUAUCAAAGUCCCACUUCCGGCCCUAUCACCAACAAUGGAAUCAGGGACUCUUAUUGCAUGGCACAAGAAAGUUGGCGACUCAAUUGCCGAAGGGGAUUUGUUGUGCGAGAUUGAAACCGACAAGGCAACGAUGGGCUUUGAGACGCCGGAAGAAGGAUUUAUGGCCAAAAUUCUAAUCGAGGCUGGCACAAAAGACAUUCCGAUUGGAAAGCUGUGCUGUAUCAUUGUGCAAGAAAAAGCUGACAUCGCGGCAUUUGAUUCUUUCACGGAUUCUGGAGCGGCGGAGAAGCCGAAGGCUGAACCUACGAAAGCUGCUCGCCCUCAGGAGUCCGCAAAGCCCCAGACAACGAGCGCAGCACCAAAAGCACAUGCAGCCUUUGAAAAUCCCGAUCUCAUGGGGCCUGCUGUUCGACUUCUUUUGCAUCAAUACCACAUCAAGGAGGACGGCAUCAAACGGAGCGGGCCCAAAGGAAAUAUACUAAAAUCGGACGUCCUCGAUUUCAUCUCGGCGAAGAAGUUGAAGCCGGCUCCAAUUCAGCACUCGGCGCCGAAAUCUGGGGAUAAGGCGGCUGCUCCCUCAAAACCAAUUGGCUCGGUCCGACACGUGGAGAAGUUUGUCGACAUCCCCUUGACGAACAUCCGAUCGGUCAUUGCAAAACGGUUGCUACAAUCGAAGCAAACGAUCCCCCACGAAUAUUUGUCAGCCGACAUUCUGUCCGACAAGGUUACAAAAUUGCGACAAGAUUUGAAGGCCAAGGGCAUCAAAGUGUCCAUCAACGAUUUCCUGGUGAAGGGUUGUGCGCUCGCUUUGAAGGCAGUGCCAGAAGUGAACGUGCAGUGGAAAGAUCAAACUAGUCACUUGAUGCAAAACGUCGACGUGUCCGUAGCUGUGGCCACCCCCACGGGGCUCAUCACUCCGAUUGUUUUUGGUGCUGAUAGUUUGGGCAUCCUGGCCAUCUCGGAGAAAAUUAGGGAAUUGGCGAAAAAAGCGAAGGAGAACAAGCUGGCGCUCAACGAAUUCCAAGGCGGCACUUUUACG